UUGAACUGCAGCAACGUUCCUGGAUCACCAGUGUACUGUGCUUUCAGUAUUAUUUCUCAUUACCAAAACAACCUACAAAGAUAUAUAAUGUCGAUCAAUAAUAUUCUUAAUAGCGUCUUUGGUAGUCGCUCAUUUGAACCUCUGAAUCUUGAGGCUUGGGACCCGUUCCAGGAGUUUCAUGAUUUCAGAAGCAGUCUAACUAUACCCCAGACUUCCUUCCCAAACGAAACAACGACAUUCGUGAGCGCUAGGGUUGAUUGGAAAGAGACCCCAGAGGCAUACGUGCUGAAGAUGAGUCUUCCGGGGCUCAAGAAAGAGGAAGUGAAGGUGGAAAUGGAGGGGGAUAGUGUCCUCUGCAUUACAGGCGAGAGGAAGAUGGAGAAAAAAGAGAAGACGGAGAGAUGGCAGCGUAUAGAGCAAAACAGCGGCAAAUUUGUUAGGCGUUUAAGGCUGCCUAAGAAUGGAGAUGCUCGUAAGGUCGGAGCUUGUCUACACAAUGAAGUACUUACUGUUACAAUUCCUAAGGAGGAGACCAAGAAGCAUCUUCCCAGAUACAUUCCUAUUUCCAACCACUGAAAGUUUCGGUACUAAUUAAUGACUAUAAUUUUCUGAUAAUUUGAUAAAAUAAAGUACUGUGAUCAUGUAAACGAUCCAUCCUAUGCUAAAUCUCAUAACCGAUUAAGUAAUUAUAUAGAAUAAUUCUACUUAUCAUAUC